AUGGAUCUACUCCUACGAGAGGAGGCUGGGAGAGCCCAGGACAUUGCGGAAAUUCUCAGCACAAUUCGGAGCAAUGAUCAGGACCACGAGCAGGACAUCACCUUGGCGAUCACGGGGCUGAACGGCUUGAGCUGGGCACUGCGGGAGCUCAACAAUCAGAUCGACGCCGUCAACGGGAAGGUCACCCCUACUUUCGGAGGCGACUUGAAACUCCUUCAGCAUAGUGUCGCCUUUACCCUUCAAGAUGUAUGGACCAUCCUUGGCAAGUUACCGCGCUCUCCGGUCCCGACAGACUAUCAAGAUUCUUGGAAAGAAGUCGCCCGAUAUUGCAUGAACAUGGGAAAGCAGACCCUCCACACCCGAUUAGAGACGUACAAACUGUUCACCUAUUCACUCUGCAAAAUCCUCUCAAGGGAGUCCUUCAGUCGGCGACGCCUUGAGGAUUUGCGCCUCGAGAUUUAUGACCUACAGACCCUACAACGCGAAGACAGACGAUUAAUCCCAGCUUCCGAGACCUUUACGAGUCUUUCAUUGGUACCAGUCCAGCAAGAGCCUCUAAGACCGGAGCCUCUAAGACCAGAGCCCCAGCGACCAAUGUCGCCAGCAACCUCCCAUGACAGUUACGAAACAUUCCAGCACCAAGCGGCUCCCAGUCCGCCACCCCUUUCCCCAGUUUCCCCUGGUCCUGGCUCACCCGUGACCACGUUUUCCACACUAAGUCAUACAUCAAGCGUUGACCCAGAAACCAAUCACUGGGCGACCAAGAUCUUCAACAAUUUACCGAGUACUCCUCUUGACGUUGACCCGAAUCCGUCUUGCUGUUUCGGCGAUGUGGAUGCUAGGUACCGCAGGCGACCGGAUCCGGAGUAUGAAAGGAUCCUCCAAUUAAAAUUCCCCGGCGGACUGAGGACGAAAUUCUUUUGGCGUGCUCGCGACUACCGCACCAAAAUUGUCUGCGAAUGGUACGACAAUCGAAAGAACCCUCGAUUGUCUUGCUUCCCGCUCAGCGAAUUGCACAUACGCCGGUCUGGCUCAUCGCUGUACCUUUGCUGUCCUACAGUUCGUGGUGCUAGCACCUGUUGGACCAGCCUCAACUUCACUUCAUACGAAUGGCUUGUCAUCUUCCAUUGUACCUUCCUAUCACUGCGUUCUCACGACAGCACGUCGCGCUUUCGCAACAUCGACCAUGACCUGGAUGGCGAAGUCCUCAAUUUUGCUGGGGCGAUUCGGGACGGUGGUUACCGUCAUGUGCUUCGAUUGUACCGUGACAAGAGUACCGACGCCGUGCGACUCGAAGCAUCUGUCCUCGACAAAGAAAUGAAGGACACGCCCAUCUGGACGGCGUUUAUCACCCAUAAAAUCACCUCGCCUACCUGGUUUCGUUGGUCUAAGAAUAGCUCCGCGGUAUACCUUGCUGAACUUCAACGACAUGUCUUUUCUUCCGAGUAUUCGCCCCAUGUCCGCGCAAAUGGCGAGCAUCUUCUCGAUUUCGAAGUCUUCACAGAUGCCGAAGACUUUGUGAAGACGCUCAAAGAUUUGCGCGAGGACAUUCGCAGACCGAAGCCGGUCAAGAACGUACGACUUCCUGCUUGA